AGGAAAACAAUCGCUCUCACUCCCGCUCACUUCCUCUUUUCGAAUUACAGUAUUUACACUUCUCUCUUCGAGUAGGCUUACAGUUUAAUUCGGAUUAUUCAAAUUCAAUCUGUUAACUUGGACGAUGACUGCCCAAACUCAGAGGUCCGACCCGGAGGAUCCGCUGGAGGGCUACUCAGGUCUAACGCUGUUUCCUCGUACACUUGCGUCGAUUCCAAACGCUCCUAAGCCCUACGAUCCUCACGAUCUUCAUCGCGUCCACAAUUUCCUCAAGUCCAUGACCUUACCAAACCCGAAUACGAUUGUGGAAGAGGCGGAAGCUGUUGUAGAUUGUAGUUCAGGACUCGCUGGAUCUGAAAUCCCAAGUUAUUUAAUAUCAGAGUACAAAAAUGAGCAUGUUGCUGCAAGGGGUACUGAAAACCCCCAAGAACGAAGACCUGCUUUAGGCCGUAAGCGAGCUCGGUUUUCUUUGAAGCCUAACUCGAGUCGACCUACUGUGAAUUUGGAAACAAGUUUGGACAUUGGUAAACUGAAAGAUCCUGAACAGUUUUUCUUGGCUUUUGAAAAGAUUGAGAAUGCAAGAAAAGAAUUACAGAAACAAACUGGUGGUGAUUUGAUGGACUUGAAUCUGCAAAAUUCGUCCAUGGCUGCUCGGCCUCGUCGGCCUGGAAUUUUGAGGAGGUCAGUUAAAUACAAGCAUCGCUAUUCAGAUGUUCUGUCCUCUCAAGAAACCUUGGAAGAGAACAUUCUCAGUCCAUCCGGUUACAGUGUGCAACAAGAAACCAUCAAUCCAGAUGAUGCAUCACUGGAUAGAGAACUAGUUGAUGCAGCAUUGCAAGAAACAGAAUUAGCUGAUUCAAUAGCCAAGUCAGAAAAGAAAGUUAACGAUCUCUUGGAUGAAUUGCUUAGCGAUAAUUGUGGAGGGCUUGAUGGGGAUGAUCCAGUCUCUCUUUUACAGGAGCACUUGCAGAUUAAACCCAUUGAUCUAGAGAAAUUAAGUCUUCCUGAAUUGCAAGCUGUCCGAAGGAUCGAUUUAAAGGCUUCAGGAGCAAACUUGCCGAAGCCUAGGCAUGUAUUAUCAGACAUACAGAAUUUGUUAAAAGGAGUCAGCAGUAAAACCCCAAAGAAGUGUCAGCAGGCAGAAAGCCCUGUUUCUUCUUUAGCUUCUCCAACUCCAGCAAAGUGUCCACUGAGCUCAAUAGUAUCAUUGAAGAAACGCAUCUUGCGGCUGAAUCCACUAACUGAUCCGUAUUCUGCUCAUGAGAUCGACCAAUCAAUAGCUAGAAAUCUUCUUGCUUCUGAAAGUAUCAAAAAACAAGCUGAUCAGGUUAACACGGAAAAGGAGUUGAGCGCUUCUACUGAGUUGAAGUCUUCAAUGAUAGAAGAAAGUGACGCUGCAGACAUGAAUCUGGGUUUACCUCAUGGGAUGAUGGGAAAUGCUCCUCGUUCAUCGGACAAAACGGUGAAUGAUAGUUUAAGUAGACUUGGUUAUGGAGUUGGUGUUGGCUCAAGCGGAUCUCAUGCUUAUGUGGAGAAUAAAAAUAGUAGCAGUUGCAUGGAGAACAGGAUUGUUAAUGAGAUUUUGGGUAGGCCUGAUACUGUUACAGAUUUUCAGACAACUGUCCCAAAUGGAUUGGAUGACAAGGUACAUGAGAAAGAUACGCUGCAGGAAGCUGGAGAUCUUCUAUGUCCAGAUCUCAACAUGGAGGACUCAACUGUGGAAAUUUUGAACAGCACUCAAGAUCAAGAAAAUACUCCUGUAGUUGAAGACCGUGCAACUGAUGGGCUCUCCAAUAUUGCAGACACUGAUCGAGAACAGCACAAAGAGAAAGCUCAAAUUGCUACUGAGGAGCCACUGAAUGAUCAAAACAGAGCGAAAUCACAUCCACGCAAAAAAAGUAAACUCAAAAAAGUUUCUCAUAGGAAAAACCUUGCAGCAAAUCAUCCUGUGGUUGAAGACCAUGCAACGGAUGGGUCCUCCAAUACUGCUGAAACUGCUCCAGAGCAGCAAAACAAGGAAGUUCUACCAACUGGGGAGCCACUGAAUGAGCAAAGCAAAGUAAUAUCACGUCCAGGAAAAAAAAGCAGACGGGAAGAAAUUUCUCGUAGGCAAAGCCUUGCAGCUUCUGGUACAUCAUGGGAAUCUGGAACAAGACGAAGCACCAGAAUUAAGUCAAGACCUCUGGAGUAUUGGAAAGGUGAAAGAUUUUUAUAUGGGCGCGUGCAUCAGAGUUUGACAACGGUUAUAGGAAUAAAAUAUGCAUCUCCAGGAACCAAUGACGGUAAACCAACCAUCAAGGUGAAGUCUUAUGUCUCUGAUCAAUACAAAGAUUUAGUUGAUCUAGCUGCCAGGUUUUGAGAUGACUGUGAGCUGGUCUUCAUUCACUGAAUGGAAAACUUGGAUGUGUGACUCGGUGGAUGGAGUAUCCAUUGCAUGAUAUCAAGCCGAUGCUUGUUCGGCAUUUUGAGCAACCCCUGGAGACGGUACAAAGAGAAAGUUAAAGAUUAUAAUUUGAGUUCCAGUUUAAAAAUCUGCAGCUUGACUUAGUUAAUGUUUACUUGUAGAAAUAGUUCGUUUCUGCACAAAGUUCUUCCUGGAUUCUUGCAUGUUCUGUAUUCUCUCUUGACUUGUAGUAAAUCAAACUUUGUAUUUAGCUUAUCAACAAGAUCAUUCUUUCUGAAAACGUGUAUUAGAUUCUGACUAAUUGACUAACUUCACUUCUU